AUGUCUAACGACAUCCUCACUCAGCUGCAAACAUGCUAUGACCAACUACUCACCCAGUGCUUCUCCACCAUCUCAUAUCUUUCUCAACGACACCCAAUCAUCGCUCCGGACCCUGAUCCCAAUGAUCCUUUCACCAAUCCACCUGCUCUCGGUGGGACUUCGCAGACCCCCAACCCCGAUGGUACGCCAGUGACUUCUAUCCAGCCUGGCCCAGAAGACACCGAUCGCGCUCCCUUUCCCCUGCGACCUGUCCAACCAUCAGCAUUCUCCGCGGCACAGCACGAAUUGGCCGAGGAUCUUGUCCAGAAAGCCGCGCAAAUAGAUCUGCUGAUUUCGCGACUUCCUGGGAUAGGGAGAGGUGAGGAGGAACAACGACGCGAAAUCGAAGCUUUGAGUGAAAAAGUCAGGACCAUGGAAGAAAAGCGCAAAGCCAAACGCAGAGAAAUGCGAGAAUAUGUCAAAAAGCUCGACGACGUCGUUCUGGGAAUGUCCCAGAGUCUGGAUUACAACAAGCCUAAUGGACCUACUACUUGA